AUGCGAGCCAUCCUGCCUGGGCGACCUCAAUCCAAGCGACAGGCCCUUUGCACCGCCCAGUGGUGUGGCCUGCGUCUGGUCGCAUAUAUAUCCGGCAAUGCCGCCGUCAUCCUCAGCGGGCCUCAAUCCAUUCUCCAGACCAUCUACGUCGACACCGUUGACUCCCUGACUGCCAUCACCCUCGAAGAGACCACCGGUCGGAUCGCCCUCUGCGAUGCCACUCAUGUCUAUAUCUACAGACCCGUCGGCCGUGAAGAGGGUGUGCUGCGAUGGACUCAGGUGCACGAGUUGAAGAACCCUACUGAGCUGCGGGUGGAAUCGUUGUCAUGGGGAUCUUCUCAGGAACUCUUGCUGGGAGGUUCGAGGCUUGUCCUGUGGUUCAUACCUGAACAUGGCUCACCGGUCAUCGUCUGGAAUCAGCCGCUCGCAUAUCCCACGGCACUUGCAUAUCUUUCUCCCGACAGUGGCUUCGUCGCCUCCGUGGGCCAGUAUGACCGACUCGUCAAGAUAUGGAGACGGCUGUCGUACGAGGUGGAGGGCACCAGAUUCGACGUCUCCUACCUACCACAUCCAGCUGCGGUCACAAAUUUGCACUGGCGGAAGCCAUGGCAUGAAGAACAGAACCUGGACAACCUUCUCUACACGUUUUGCUCUGACAACCAUGUCCGCGCCUGGACCACGUUCGACCCCCACGCCCUGACGGUGUUACAACUAGUCGGCGAUAUCAACAUGAAUGCCUCGAUCCAGCCACGGAGGCUGAGUGCCAGUUCCAUCAGCACCAGACGAUAUGCCUUCAUCAUUGACAGCCGUGAUUUUUCCACGGUCACAGAGAAGGCGGUCCAGAACUCGACUACCAAGACGGCGGACCACGCCCUCGAGCAUCUCAUUGAGAUCGCCAAUCGAAGUCCAGAAAUCUGCGUCGUGCUCGACGGAUUGGGCCAUAUGUCUGUGUGGGGAUUGGAAAAUGCUGGGUACAAGAACAGAAUGCCUCCGUCUGUGUUUCACAUCUCACACGUCGACGGCAUGAAUAUCCAUGUUCCGCAGCUGAGCGACCCAUUGGAAGAUUAUCUACAGUUCUGCAUCUUCGCGGGCGGCACGACGGCAUCGUCGUUGUCAAUUCUCCUCCAUUCUUUUGCGGGUGAUAUCGAUUGGUACGACAGUCAGAUUACGCACCUGUUUGACACCGCCGUGAGGCAAGACAGGACCGCCCUGAUUUCAACCCUGGCGGGACACGGUACGCCGGUCCUGCGAAUUGUCCGGAACGUGGUUGGUAACGUCGUGUUGUCGAGUACAGACGAGGGCCACACCAGCAUCUGGCAGCAUGACGGAACUCUGUCCACUGCUCCACUCCUGCGACGGAGUUCGUUCAACGUCAGUGUCGAAAUCAAAGACGCGGUCAUCUUGUCUCGUGGGAGAUACGCGGCAAUUCUAAGCAGCCACGGUCUCGAGCUCUGGGAUAUUCGCCAAGCAAAAGCCAAACGACUGGGAGUGUGGGAAUCUGAAGGGGGUCGUUUGCCGGCGCGCAUAACGCAAAGUCGAAUCGCCAGCGAACGAGAACUCACCAGUCGGGUUAUUGUAGGGUAUCAUGCGGAUGGAACUGUUGAAGCCUGGGAGCUGCUCCUUCCAGCAAACGAGCCCGGUGCAACGAAUGGCUACCGCGAGAUGAUACGGUCGCUGGGGGACGUCCAGCUGCACGCGCACAAUCGGUACAACGCCCUCAUAUCUGUCUGUGACAAUAUGAGCACCAACAAUCGUCCAGCGGAUCCGCGCGAGAUCAACGCCCUGGGCUUCGCCGCGGCAUUGGCCAAAGACGGCACCCUGGAGAUGGUCAGGUCUCAGGAAGAGCCAGACUCCACAAAGCCACAUCUCGUCACUGGCGCCUUGAUCGAGACCAAUAUGCGCCGGCCUCGAGCGAUCAGUGCGAGCGGAUACGGAAAGGUUGUCGUUGUCAAUGAUGACAGCACCAGUAUCAGCAUAUGGGACGCCAAAACCGGUUCGUGGGAGUACGAACAUGAGCUCGAUGGGACCGACACCAUCCACACAUUCGCGUGGGCUGUUUCACCACAAGGGUUGGCCUUGGUUGCCGUCUGCUUUGACUACCACAUUGUCAUUCUCGGUCAGGUCCGGUACACCUACGGAGGCCAGGAACCGGCAUGGGUAGAUUUGCGGCACAUCAGAAUCAGAGACUUUACCACCCACUCCAUUGGAGCCCUGUGCUGGCUGAGAAGCGGUGAUCUCGUCGUGGGAGCCGGCAUUCAGCUGUUUAUCUUCAAGGGAUAUGCGGGCAGUCACCAUAACGAGGAUGCCAGGCCUCUCCGGGAUCUGCGAGAGAAGACGCGAAAUAACGAAACUUUCGCUAUGAUGGCAAUGUUGAACACCUUGGUCCCUAUUUUCCACCCCACACUCCUUACCCUACUCACCUGUACCGAAGGGCUGAAGGCGACCAGGGAUGUGUUAUAUCAUCUUCACCAGGAUCUGAAGUACUUCACCGAAGGGGAUGAGUUGUCCAGCCUCCUUAACAUUCGGCCCGACAGGGUUACAAGUGCAGCAACGUCGAGUCAGUCGGUCGACAAGUCGCAUUAUUCCACGAACGGUGAUCUGAACGGGGAUGUGGAAGAUCCACCACUUUCAGACUAUGCAAAAGGUCUAGAAGGCAACCUGCGACGGUAUAGAUUGCGGCAGCUGACGAACGGAGAACAAUCCAACAUACUAAAACAGGUCGAGGUGAUUUCAGAGAUCGAGAAACACGAGGAAUCGGUCGAUGCGAACGGUCAGCGCUACCUUCAGGCCCUAUACACGUGCGGCGACGAAGGGGUUCCGUGGAGUGCAAUUGCAUUCGCCUCUAUGAGCACAUCCCAAGAAGUUCUUGUCGACCUGGUCACUCGCUUUUAUGGUGGUAAACUCAGUUGGGAGGCAGCACGCAAAUCGGGAUUAUUCUGCUGGCUCUCUGAUGUGGAAUCCCUUCGGCAGCAAAUGGAGAAUGUGGGUCGAAUCGAGUUUACAAAGAACGAAGACCGCAACCCAGUGGACUGUUCACUGUAUUAUCUUGCCUUGCGCAAAAAGCCCGUCCUAUUGGGGCUCUGGAGAAUGUCGAUUGGGGUCAGAGAAAAGGAAAACACCAUGAAGCUGUUGGCCAACAACUUCGACGACCCGAGAUGGAAGGCCAGCGCGCUGAAGAAUGCAUAUGCGUUGCUGAGCAGGCGGCGCUUUCACUAUGCGGCGGCCUUCUUCCUGCUCGGAGACAGUCCUUGGGACGCGAUCAAUGUCUGCAUCCACCAGCUGCAAGAUUUGCAGCUCGCCGUUGCUAUUGCAAGGGUGUACGAGAGCGAAAGCCACAAACCGUCUUCUACUUUGGCACGGUUGAUGGAACAGACCAUUCUCCCUCUAGCUAUUGAGAGCGUGCAAGCACGGUGGAUGGCAAGUUGGGCGUAUGCGGCCAUCCUGGACCACAAGAAGUUGGCCAUUCAGGUCCUCGUGCAUCCUGUGCACAAGAUCGUGGGCAAACCACUGCUCGACGGAUACGAAGGGGCAGGGAUGAUCGGAUCUCUCAGUUACGCCGCCAACGACCCUCUUGUGGCGCUGUUGUACACCCAGCUUCGUGCCCAACUGGCGAAGCGAAACGAAUGGCGCAGCGAGGUCAUCAGCGCACAAGAUGAAUGGGGAUUCGUCAUGCGCUGCGUCAGGCAGUAUAUCCACAUGGGGUGCGACGUUCUUGCGCUUUCCUUGGUUCGAGAUUGGGAGUUUGUCCCCGAAAGUCCACGCAAGCAGACGAUAACAGCAACCGUGGAUGAGAUUCCGCCACCGCUCAACGUGAGUCUCCAGCGUCGAAAGACAUUCUACGAUCUCGAAAAGGAAGAAGACGAAGAGAAUAUCCCGCAGGCGGAGAAAAAGAAGGAGGAGCAGCAGCAGCAGAAGAAGAAGGCGCCACCCCCGACCAUGUUCGAGGAGCCGAGCGCGGACAGUCUGCUUGAUAGUUUUGGAUUCUGA